UCCGCCAACCAGUGCAGAGAAACCCCCCCAGCUUUACCAUGUGAAUUUACUGAAAAAAUGUCACCCACGCAAGGCGCUGUGCGUAACGUGGACCCAGCCACAACAGUGCAAGCUGGGCUACGCCGAAGUGGAGUAUCUGGGAUAUCAGAUCGGGAGGGGAAAUUUGAAACCACAAGAAAAACAAUUUGCUAGUAGAUUUGUACCUAACUUUGCCGCAAUAGCUUCUCCCCUCACAGAUUUAUCCAAGGCACAACUACCCCAGACGGUGCGAUGUGCGGAGGACACAGAGGCGGCGUUCCAGGCCCUGAAGGAUGUGCUAUGUUCGCACCCGGUACAAGUCACCCUGGACUUCUCAAAAAAACUCCUGGUCCAGACAGAUGCGUCUGACACCGGGGUAGGGGCCUUUUUGUCCCAAGAGCAGGAAGGCGAGGAGCACCCCAUCAUGUAUGUCAGCAGGAAGCUUCUCCCGAGGGAGAAGGAAUACUCAAUUGUCAAGAAGGACUGCCUCGCCAUGAAGUGGGCCCUCGCCACCCUCAAGUAUUACCUCCUCGGGAGGAAGUUCAUCCUGAUUACUGACCAUGCCCCCCUCAUGUGGAUGGCACGAGAUAAGGACACGAAUGACCCUGUCACCCGCUGGUUCCUGUCCUUACAGCGAUUCUCUUUCUCUGUCAUCCACAGGUCGGGUGCCCAGCACGAUGGCACACCGCGGGAGAGAAGGGAGAGAGACAGACACCAGUUAAGAGAGAGAAGGAAGACAGCAAAACCUGAGCAAAAUAGUGAAAGGGCUUUCAGUAAGGCCCUCUGUGACAGCUGGAAUAUCUCUCAGAAGUGGGAGAGACUCAACUUCAAUGUGAGCAGGAAUGCUCAACUUUUCUUGAAGCUGGAGGAUUUCUUCUGGCGACGCUACUUGUCCACGUUAGCCUUGCCUUAUGGUGUUAAGGGCAGUGAGCUUUUUCUCAUGAAAGCAUUGGCAGCCAUGGCUAGCUAUGACAUGCCUGAGACGAUAAAACAUUUGCCUUGCAAAACCUGCAUGGUGGUUGGAAAUGGGUUCGCGAUCAAGAACACCUCGUUAGGAAGCGCCAUUAACAAGUAUGACAUAGUGAUCAGAUUGAACGAUGCACCAGUUCGGGGGUAUGAGGCCGACGUGGGGAACAAGACUACCAUGCGCCUCUUCUACCCUGAGUCGGCUUCCUACAACCCCAGCAUCCACAAUGACCCUGACACCCUCAUGGUCCUCGUGCCUUUCAAGCAGCAGGACGUGCGCUGGCUCAAAGAGAUCCUGUACAAUGAGAAGAGGAUCAGAAAGGGCUUCUGGAAACCCCCUCCUGAGAUCUGGUUGGGUAAAACAAGCCACAUCCGCAUCCUGGACCCCUACUUCCUGCAGCAAACUGCCAGCCGCCUGCUCCGCUUGCCUCUCAACACACCUCCAAAGACCAACCAGAUCCCAGCGCACCCUACAACUGGCAUUCUGGCCAUCUACGUGGCCCUUAACUACUGUGACGUGAUCCACAUCGCUGGAUUUGGCUACCCAGAGUCUAAAGACCUGAAGCACCCCAUUCACUACUAUGGCUAUGACACCAUGAAGUCUAUGAAGUUUCGGUCUUGUCCCAUCUCUGCAACUCCCAUCCGGACUCGGGAGUGCCGAAGGUCAAGAGCCAUGCAUUCUCCGAAACACGACCCUGCCAAGCCGCACUGCUUCUUCACACAUUGCUCGCUUAACCCAGAUGCACCAAUGUGUCGGAGGAAACACUGUCUAGCUGGCGAUUAUUUUUACUCUUUUUACUGACACCAGAGUCAUAAUGUAUUUUUUUCUGAGUAACUCAUUCAUUUUAGUUGUUAAUUUGACCUGCUGGCCGCAAUGAAUCCUACUGGCAAUAUUCGCUCCUCCGGCUCAACGGCUCCAGAGACAUGUUCCGACCACCCACUGUCUAUCAUAUGUAGCCUAUGCGCAGGAAACUAAAUGUUUAGAACUGAUUGAUCGCAUGGUGCAAGUAUUAAUGCAAUGAAUUGAUUAUUGAAUAUAAUUAUUUGACAUGGACGCAGCCUGGUAGAACUAAAAAAAUGGAUACACAGCCUACCUCUGCUCAACAAACUCGAGAACUAAUCAUGUGGGUGGCUAGCUGCUGCAGUUCGCUGACGAUAUUGUGCUAUUCUCCCUUGCAGCAGUCAAGCAAUUGCAUUCCGCCAAGAAUUGUUGACAAUCUAUUCUUGUUGCAGCUGCAACGGACCUCAUUUCAACGUUAUCAGGAAAUAAUCUUAUUUGUAUGCCUAGCAAUGACAAAUGUACAUCGUUUGAAGCACACUUUUAUACGUCUCAGUCACAAGUGGUAGCUCCUAUAAGCCCAUGAUGGUGAACGAGAGAGUGGUAGAAUCAUGAUUAUUUUGAGAUUUUUGUUCAUUGUUCAGCCGGUAAUGGAUACUGCGUACUCUGGACAUGACUGAAUCAAAUUAACGGAAUGAGUCGAAGGAUUCAGUAAAAAGGGCCACUCCUAUAAUGUUUGAGGAAAGCAUUAUGUCAGAUAUAAAAAAUACUAAAUAAAAAGCUAAUUGGAGCAAAAGAGAUAUUGAAGUAUGAAAUAUGUAUAAUUGCUGUCAUAUAUCACUCACACUUAUGUUAGUCAUUUCAUAUCCUUCAGAAUUGGUAGUGAUAAUUUUCUAGUGCUUUUGACACAAUCAACAUAACACUUUAACAAUCUACAACAACAUUCUCAGUAAUGGUUAUGGAAACAUUUGACUUGCCAUGACUGUGAUAUGUGGUUGUUUAUCCACCUUAGUUGAAUGCACAGACUGUAAGUCGCUCUGGAUAAGUGUCUGCUAAAUUACCAGAAUGUAAAUGUGAAAACGAACACUUGCAAAGCACACUGGGUAUAUUUCUGAUGAGAUCUGCCCCCAAACAAGGCCUGAAUUUGGUCGGUCUGCCCUUGCCUUGAUUUGAACGUCUAGAGACGUUGAUUUUUGGGCCGGUCCGAAACAAAUCUAAACCAAUCAUUGACUCUAUUUUUAGGCCAAAUGAAGGCCGUUCCGGCCCAAAUCGGAACCAAUCAUAGACAUCUAUUUUUAGGCCAAAUCCAGGCUGGACGGGACCAAAAAUCACUGUCUGUGGAUGCUCAAAUCAACAUCCAUGGACUGGGUAGGGGUAAAGGUAUCCAGAGAGAAUUUUCAUUUCAAGGUGAACUGCUCUGAUUGUUUGGAUGUGCACUGUCACUUCAAAUUCUCUUUAUCUUUUCCUCCUCAUCUCCACUCUCUGAAGACUGGAGAGGUGUAGACUAACCGAGAAGGCUUGUGAGGGUCUGGCCUCAGUGAUCAGAUCAAACCAAACUAGGGUGGAGGAUUUGAAUGUCAGUGAUAAUGAGCUGCGGGAUUCUGUAGCUGAACUGAUUUUUUAUGGGUUUAUGGCUCCUCACUGCAAAUUGCAGAGACUUUGGUUAGUUCCUUUGACAUUUGCUCUGGAUGCACUUAUUGAUGUUCACAACAAAACCCUGCAUGCUGUGAAGUACUUGAACUUGAGGGGUCAGUUUUAUUAAGCUUAGUCCUGGAAUAAGAAGCAUAUUCAAUGGAUAUUUUUUGUUUGAAGUCCAGGACUACACUGUACAAAAUAUAGUAGUUUUUACUG